GCGAGUCGCUGUGUUUCUGGUGGGGACACGUAUUCUGACGGAUCGAGUCUCUCACUAGCCAGCGUGUAACGGGUUUUAGGGGGAUAAGACAGCCGGGAAUAGCGGAACGGACAGGACAGGGGUGUAUAGAGGGUGAUAUAGGGAACAGGUUCUGUGUGAGGUGUAGGAAGCCUCUGGUACUGACAGGGGGAAGAGUUAUCUAGGUGCACGCUAUACUGGCAUAUGUAAAUAGCUCGCCUGGUUCGCUGUCAUUAUAGCAUUCCAUGGUACUAGUAUACAUCAAUGAAUCCACUAGUGCUGUGUGUGUGUAGCUGGCAGGCUGAUUAUUGCUAACAAGUUCAUAUUAUGAUGGGUUGGGAAAAGUUUUAAAAGGGGAGUAUUGUUUCUUAGCUGUUGUUUUAUUAUUUACUUUUAUAGUAUUAUUAAAGGCAGGCUGUGGUAUGGAGGGAUAGCUAAUGUGCACAGGGGGAGUUAGUGUUUCUGUAUGAUGUGUUGACAGAUGUAGAUCAGAUAGCAGGAUGCUCUAAUUGCUGGUUGGAAAUGGCUUUGAGUAUGUGAGAUUCAAGAAUUGGUGAGCCGUGUGCUAGCAGAAAUGUAUCUGACACGAAGGAAACCAGCGCUGUAUCUCCGAGAAGACAGCAGGUCUGGCCUUUUUCUUGGGAUUCUGCCAAGGAAAUGCAGCAUCUUCAAACUGUUUCUGACGUGCUUAUUACUGGGAUUUUUAUCUAUGCUCUGGUUACAAUUCAGCUGCACAGGAGAUGUCAAGAAGCACGAAGAAAGAUCUCCUAAGCAGCCCUGUCCACCAGUUCCUAGGACUAUAAGUGAGGAUCCCUCAUGGGGUCCACACCGUCUUGCCUUACUUAUUCCUUUUAGGGAACGUUUUGAGGAACUCCUAAGCUUUGUACCCCACAUGCACCAGUACCUGUCUGAGAAGAAAAUCCGCCACCAUAUAUUUAUAAUAAAUCAAGUGGAUCAUUAUAGGUUUAACAGGGCUUCUCUGAUAAAUGUGGGCUUCUUAGAGAGUGGAAAUGAAACCGACUACAUUGCUAUGCAUGAUGUUGACCUGCUACCUCUUAACCCAGAACUGGAUUAUGGGUUUCCAGAAAAGGGACCUUUCCAUGUGGCUUCCCCAGAACUUCACCCCCUGUAUCAUUACAAGACCUAUGUUGGAGGGAUCCUCCUCCUCACCAAACAGCAUUAUGAACUGUGUAAUGGAAUGUCAAAUCGGUUUUGGGGAUGGGGUCGUGAAGAUGAUGAGUUUUACCGAAGAAUCAAAGGAGCUGGUCUCCAGCUCCAUCGGCCCUCUGGAAUAACAACUGGAUACCAAACCUUCAGGCACAUUCAUGACCCCGCAUGGAGAAAGAGAGACCAGAAACGGAUUGCUUCUCAGAAGCAGGAACAAUUUAAAGUAGACCGUGAGGGAGGUUUACACAGUGUCCAGUAUCGCGUGGAAUCUCGAUCAGAAUUAACCAUUGGUGGUGCUCCGUGUACAGUGCUGAACGUACUGCUGGAUUGUGACACGAGUGAUACUCCAUGGUGUGUUUUUAACUAAAUUCAUAAAGUAUUUUAUGACUCAAAGGACUGAGAUGGCCUGUAUUCCAGGCAGACAUGUGAACCUGUAGUUAAAUUUUGAACUGUAAAUUUUUUUAUAUAUAUUCUAAUAAAAAUUAUGGAAAAUCUCA